UGCAACAUCUCCACUGUCCAAAAAAUGAGAUCAUUGGGUCAUGCGCUUGCGUGUGCCUCAAAACACCUUGGUAUUUUGAUCACCGUCCUGAUUCUUUUCUUUUUUUCUUUUUUCAAUGCACAUAAAAGGUUGCUGUCAGGCGGGGAGAUCUACAAAAAGGAGAUGACUCACCGCUGAUACAACAAAGUGAAGCACAUAAAAGGAGCUCAUAGCUCUCCGAUGCAUCGCAAGCCUUUUGUCUCAAGUCACUUAGAAAUUACAAGCCAACACAAUGCAUGUCCCGGAUGCAAUCAAGCGUAAAAUGCAGCCUCAUACGCAGAGUGCACACCGUACGUUGCAAACCCGGGUCACUUUUCUAUUCUCUACGUGUAUGAAAAAUGCGAUUUCGUUAACGAAGCGGCAGGAGUGCAGCACGCAGUGCUCACGCGUUUAGAUUAAAUUUGCGUUCUUUUAAAUAGGUCUUUAUUUCCUAUCAAAUAGAGGUAAUCAGAUAAGAAAGAAAAAUGGAAAAAGUAGGCUAAAAGCUGAGCUAGUUUUCAGAUUCUCUCAUUGAAAUCCAGCGUUUACCUCAAUGAAGUUUCGGAUGUGUGCUCCGUUUAGUCGAAGAAAUUUUAGCAAAACAUAGGAAAGUAACGUGAAUGUGAUAAAACUAACUUUAAAAUCAGCUUUUUUUGUCAGUGUCUUUGAGGAUAGAAGUUUCAAAAAUGUCCUAAUUUCAAACAAAUCUAUCUGUUAAAAUUUGGUUUUGCUAAAAGAGGCCUUAUUUUUGCAAAGGACCUUCAAACUCGCAGGAGGACAACUGUCCCACGGUUUUCAACAAUGGCCUUCCCACACAUCAUCCUCGUCCCGCUCCUGCUCUACGUUCUCUUCCAAUCAGAGCCCGCCAAAUCCUGUAUCGAAAUCCGCGAUUCUUCGAUGAUGACCUACAAGACCAACCGCCAAGCCUACAUCGUCGAAACCGAGAUCGUCGUUCCGCUCGUCCUGGACCUGGUCCAAGAAUACGUCAUCUGCGGGAAAAGAUACAAGAGUAACACGCUCGCCACCCUAUUCAAAAACGCCACCGAACCGCGUUCUCGAAGUAAACGGUUGGCACCCCUGAUACCCGUCGCCAUGGCGGUCGGAGCCGGGCUGGUGACGGCGGCUUGGGCCGGGUACUCCUACGCCUCCAUCAACGGGAAAAUCGACGAGCUGAGGGAGGGCCUGAAGCAGGAGACGAACUACUUGAAGCAGGUUUUUGCGGAGGAUCAGGAGAAAAAUGCGCAGGCGUUUUUGGCUGUGAGGAGGGAGUUUGCGCAGUUGGCCGCCGUGUCUAGGGAGACGACCUGUAAUGUUCAGACUAAUUUCUCAAUGCUUGUUUAUGAGCACUACUUCUAUCAGGAAUUUGAUGAUAUAAUUAGCUCUCUCCGGGACGAACGACUGACGAGCAGUAUCAUCCCGCCGAAUCAGAUGCUUGCAUUGGUUAGAUCACUGCCAAUUUUGCAGGACACAAUUUACGUCGAAAGCCCGUACAUGCUCUAUUUCACCGGAAAAAUCACUUUCAACCUCGCCGAAAUGUCCGGCGACAUCCUGCGCGGCGUGCUGAUCCUCCCGAUAAUCAAAAACCGCCGCAACAUCCAUUUCACGGUGGCGAUCCGAGAAAUCCACUCGCAGCUGACCGUUUUCAAGCCGGUCUACAUCACCGACCCGGGCCAAAAGUCCGUCGACCAAUGCCACCACGAGCUGGACACCUACUUCUGCUCGGAGGCGGACCUGGAGCCGAUCCAAAUGACGCGAUUGGACGCACCGAUCCUCUACGCCGACGGCAUGGUCCUGCUGAACACAGGCACUCGCGCCGAAAUCAAAGACAAGAAAAACAACGACACGUUGAAAACCGUGAUAGGACCGGCUAUUUGCACUACCGAGGAAACGUCCACCGUAAUCUACGGGAACCGGGUUUUGUACACGAAAACGAGCGCGUUCCACGUGAAGCACGAAACCGUUGAGUUUGACGUUGACCCUUUCCCGAUCACGCUGGAGCUGCCCGCGUAUACGCCAUUACGGUUUGACCGUGAAAUGGCGAUCGAGCCGGCGUCUUUCAGGUGGCAGGGUAGUUACACUAUCAUCCUGGGGAUCACGAUUGUUGUCAUUCUGUUCUUUCUAUACUGGGGUAUUAAAGCCCGAAAUGUUGCGGUUGAGAAGGUGCAGUCGCAGCCUUUGCAGGAAAUUCUGGUGUUAACGAAGGACAGUCGGCCUGGAAAGAAAGGAGCUUUGAACGAAUAAUCAUCCAAAACAAAAAAUUGAAGAAAUUGAUGUUGAUUAAUAAACUUUUGUUUUCGUAAAAAUAAACAUUUUUGACUA